AAUUGUCGUGGUGGCGGUGUCAGAACUGAUGGGCUGAGAGGAUAAAUAGAAGCUGAAGAAGACUGUGUUUGCAGACUGAGAUUGAAGGUGCGUCAAAGAUGAAUUGCCUUGGAACUCUCCUCACCCUGUGCGCCCUCGUGCCCAGCGCCCACUUUGCCAAUAACGCAAUCGCCUGGUGUUAUCACCUGCCAACCUGCAAUGACUCCACCUGGCCGACCAUUGCCACCAUCUCUUGCAAUGGCAGCCGACAGUCGCCGAUUAACAUCGUCUCAGGAUCCGCCCAAAUUGACCCCAAUCUGAACGCAUUCACCUUCAGUAACUUCGACAGCCCCCUCGCCAUGGACACCAUCACCAACACCGGCAAGACGGUCAAAGUCAACUUCGUCCGCGGUAUCAGUAUUUCGGGAGGAGCUCUGUCCGAGAACUACGACAGCCUUCAGUUUCACCUGCACUGGGGUCGCGGUGCGUCCGUGCCGGGCUCCGAGCACACGGUGGACGGCAGGCGGUAUCCCAUGGAGCUUCACAUUGUAAACAGCAAGUCAUCCUAUAAGCGCAACACAACUCUAGCUGUUGCAGAUUCCACAGGACUCGCUGCUCUUGGUUUCAUGAUUGAGGAAAUGGGAGGCGAUGCCACUGGCCAACCUGCAAGUUGGCAAACUUUGAGCUCCUACCUUGCCCAAAUCCCAAAUAGUGGCGACAAAGUAUUGAUGCAACCUGGAGUUUCCCUGACUGAUCUCCUCCCCGGGGUUGAUAUCACCAGGUACUACCGCUACCUUGGCUCCUUGACAACGCCCUCCUGCAACGAGGCUGUGGUUUGGUCAGUAUUCAAGGACACCAUCAAAGUCAGCAGAGACGUGAUUGACCGCUUCAGCACUAUGCUCCGCGUCUCCAACAGCACAUCGCCUCUCAUCGUUGAUAACUACAGAAACCUCCAGCCAGCCUUACGGGUCACAACGCAGCUUGCCAGCUCCACCAGCUCGGCCUCCAGAACCUGCUACUCCCUGGGGCUGAUGUUCCUGAGCGUUCUUCUGGGGAGGACUUAAAGAGCUGUCAAACGCCGUGGUGUCUUACCAGUUUAUGGAGUUGCACGUAAACCGGCUUUGCAUCCAGGGUGCGCGCUCUUCACCUCAUGAAGUCAAUGACGUCACAACACUACAGGCGGGUGCCUGAGAAAGGGUUGCAUUGCACUGAGUUUACAGGGGAGAUGUCGUAAAGCUCCAGCAACGUAAUCUGUGAGAUAUUAGUUUCUUCUAAAUCAGCCAACAUGAGUUGGUAGCAAUAAUUUCUUAACAAAUAGGAUUUCAUUCAUAGUUUUUCAACAUUCUUUUGUAGCGUAAACGUAUGUGCCUAAACCUUGUGUUCAUUAGCGCGAUUGUAACGUGGGCACAUUGCCAACAGAACUUAUGAAAUAGCUUUAGACAUUUGGUUUAGUUAAAUACUGAUUUCACUCAGCUUAACGAUUACCAUUAUUUAAGACCAAUGUAUAUAUAUAUAUAUAUAUUACACAGGUGUCUUUCACGCCAAAGAUACCACUUAAAAAUGAUUUAACUAUGCUUCCAUAUAAAUGACGUCUGGGAGGGUGUGCUUUUAACUUUGUCUACCUGAGUCACAAUACCUGAGUUACUUACAGUUGAACUUGACUCUCACUUGAAGAAUGUAAAAAUAUUCCUGAGCAAACUUUCUUGAAUGUGCUUUAAUAAAAGAUUCAAUGGUUGA